AUGCACUAUCUACAUGAGGACUCUCAAAUUGGAAUCAUCCAUCGUGAUAUGAAAUCAAGCAGUAUAUUGUUGGAUAGUGAAAUGAACCCCAAGAUUUCCGAUUUUGGCAUGGCAAGGAUUUUCGGGAUCGACCAAACACUAGCAAUCACUGAAAGAAUUGGUGGGACUUAUGGCUACAUGUCACCUGAGUAUGCAAUGAAUGGGCAAUUCUCAGUGAAGUCUGAUAUCUAUAGUUUUGGUGUCCUACUUCUAGAGCUCAUUAUUGAUAAGAAGAAUAGUUUUUUCAACCAGGUUGACAAAGGCGAAGGCCUGGAAAAACUGGAGAGACGGUAUGCCUUGUUGGUGUUAGAUCCCGCCAUUGGAGAGACGUAUUCAGUGGCCGAAGUUUCUAGAUGCCUCAAAAUUGGUUUGCUAUGUGCUCAGGAAGAUCCAAAUCGUAGACCCACAAUGGCGGACAUAGUCCAUGAGUUGAACAGCCACUCCAUUACUCUUGAAUUGCCCCAACAACCGGCUUUCUGCUCCGGCAGGACUGGGAGACUGGAAUCGGACAAAUCCACCGGGAGGUCUAUCAUUGGGGCUGAAUUUCGGUGA